AUGGAGGUGGCCGGAGGAGCCGCUGCUGUUGUUGGUGCGUCGUCCCCGCGGCGCGUGGUGGUGGCGGUGGACGAGAGCGAGGAGAGCAUGCACGCGCUCUCCUGGUGCCUCUCCAACGUCGUCUCCGCGGCCAAGGCCGCCGCGGCGCCGCCCCCCGCUGUGGUGCUCGUCCACGCCCGCUCCCCGCGCCCGUUCUACUGCCCCUCCAUCGACGGUGCCGGGUACAUCCUGACGCAGCAGGUGAUGGACAGCAUGGACCAGUACAUGGCGUCCGCGGCGGACACCGUCGUCACCAAGGCCAAGAGCAUCUGCACCGCGUUCCCCAACGUGAGGGUGGAGACGUGCGUGGAGAAGGGCGACCCGCGCGACGUGAUCUGCGGCGCCGCGGAGAAGGCCGGCGCCGACUUGUUGGUGAUGGGCAGCCACGGCUACGGCUUCCUGCAGAGGGCGCUGCUGGGGAGCGUCAGCAACCACUGCGUGCACAACUGCAAGUGCCCCGUCGUCGUCGUCAAGAGGCCCGACAGCAAGCAGCAGCGGGCGCGCGGCGGCGCGAGUCUUGGCUCGCCUUGA